AUGGUUUAUCGUGAUGAAAACAUCCAGGAAGAAAACGGAUUAAGCAUUUCCAACGAGCACAAUUUUCCAAACGUUUCCACUGAAGACGUUGUGUCCAAAAAGCACAAUAAAGAUGUGGAGCCCAUCCCAGAGGAAUUGCCGAUCGAAAAGGAACUGUUCGAAGAUCCUGAUUUUCCUGCAAAUAGUUUCUCUCUGUAUCGGAGGAUGGAUAAAAGUGGCGGGAAAGUGAUAGAAUGGAAACGGCCGAAGGAAAUUAUGGACAAUCCGAAGUUCUUCGUUGAUGGGUUUUCCCGUUUCGAUGUUCGGCAGGGAUAUCUAGGCGACUGUUGGUUUUUAGCCUCUUGCGCCAGUCUUGCCAAUGUUCCAGAGCUGUUUGUGAAAGUUGUUCCGAAGGAGAAUGUGGAGUUUGAUGCCGACAACUACGAGGGAAAGUAUCAUUUUCGCUUUUGGCGGUAUGGCGAGUGGGUAACAAUUGUAGUUGACGAUCGUUUGCCUGUAGACGGAGAUGACGAAUUGAAGUAUGGGCAAACUUCCACGGAAUACGAGUUUUGGUUUCCUCUGCUGGAAAAAGCGUAUGCUAAGCUCCACGGUUCGUACGAAGCAUUGGGAGGCGGGUUUGGAGAAGAUGGAAUGGUCGAUCUUACUGGUGGGUUGAAAAAAUGCUACAUCCUCGAAGAGAUAAAUCCAAAGGAGUUAUUCACCAUGGUUGAACGAUCCCUACAACAGAAGUGUUUGAUUACUGCUGGUACCCACGAACGACCAGAAUUGAAGAAAGUUAAUAUUUUCGGCGGACACGAGUAUACCGUCACGAAGAUUAAGCCGAUCCAGGACGAUGUGAAAUUUAUUUGUAUUCGUAACCCUUGGGGUGAAGGUGAGUGGAACGGACCGUGGAGUGACAAAUCCACCACGUGGAAAGUAGUGAGUGACGAAAAGAUUGCAAAGCUCAACGUAGUGAAAGAAGACGGCGAGUUUUGGAUGGAGAUAAAGCACUUUGUCAAAUAUUUUGUUGACAUUUCGAUCUGUUAUCAGUCGCCUAACGACUUUGCUGAAUCGCAGAACCAGGAAGAAUCAUUCUGGACAACGGUCUGUCAAGAUGGCAAGUGGAUUCGUGACCGCACGGCUGGUGGCUCGGAUGAGGAAACUUUCUACAUGAAUCCUCAAUAUCUUAUUACCCUGGAAAAUCACAUGUCCAACGACGUUCACAUGUCCAACGAGGUUGAAAAGUCAAGCAACUCCGAGAAGAGCUUUAACACGAUUAUAGGUUUAAUGCAAAAGUACGGUCGCGCUUUGGGUAGAGAUGAUCUUUCCAUUGCACUCGCCAUCUUCUCGGUACCAAAAGGUAUGGAUCUCACGCAGCGACCACUGCCGAAAAGUUUCUUUGACAACAGCGAAGCCAUCAACGAUACUUCUUUUGUUACGAGGCGCGAAAUUAUCUUCAACAAGUCGCUGUCAGCUGGCAAGUACGUUUUAGUGCCUUAUACCUGGAAACCACAGCAGGAGGCCGACUUUUUCGUACGAGUUAUUUCAGAAGGUGAUAUCACGCUGACAUGUAUGAAUCAGAUAGAUGAAGCUUAUAUCACAACUGACUAA